AUGUCGACUACUACCACAACCACCACUUCAACUAUCACUGCUACCCGGGCAGAAGCAGCAUCAGACUACAUACCUCGGGGCCCAACAACCGCCUCUCUCACCUUCUACGCCCCUCCGGCAGAUAACUCCGCGCCCUUCAACUACGUCGAAUCCCCACCAGAAGGCCAACCACAACGCAACUACGGCGACGACACGCAAGUAGUCUCCCUAACCGACAUCCGCGGCACCGAAAACAUCUUCACCCUAGACAAAGACUCCUUCCAAGCCCUCCAAAACAUCCCCUCAACCACAACAUACGCAACUUUCGACUCGGAAACCUCCAUCCGCGAAAAAUACUACCCAGAAGUCGAAGCACUGCUGUUACAACACAUCCCUAAUGCCCAUAAAAUAAUCCUCUUCGACCACACAAUUCGCCGCGCGAAAACGGGUGCCCCCCGUCAACCCGUUAACCGCGUCCACGUCGACCAAACCGCCGCCGCAGCCCUGGCCCGCGUAAACCUGCACAUCACCGAUGAAGCCGAAGCGAAAGCCCUAGCAGAAGGACGCUACCGAAUCGUUAACGUCUGGCGACCGCUGAGUGCGGACCCGGUGCAGUCGUCGCCGUUGGCGUUUGCGUCUGCGCAGUCGGUUGAGGAGACUGAUUUGGUUGCUGUGCAGCAUCGGUAUCCGAAUCGGAAUGGUGAGACGAUGGGGGUUAAGUUUAAUCCUGGGCAGAGGUGGUUUUAUUGGUCUGGGAUGACGGGGAGUGAGAGGUUGUUGCUUAAGUGUUCGGAUUCGAAGGGGUUCAGGGAUGGGGAUGUUGCGCAGUGGGUGCCUCAUACGGCGUUUACGGAUGUGAGGACGCCGGAGGGGGCGAGGCCUAGGGAGAGUAUUGAAGUGAGGGCUUUGGUCUUUGGUUGA